AUGUCACUUGUUGCUCCAGUUCACCUCUCCAUGGUUGAACUAUGCACGACACACAGACUGGCACAGAGUGACUUGGCUAAUGAGUUAGUUGCCUUCGCUACAACUAAAGAAGAUGGGUCGCUUCUCACUGUAGAGUUCCUGAAUGUCUUCGAACAUGAAGUACUCAACAAAAAAGUUAAUAAGGUUAAUCAAAAAAAGGAUAAUAGAUACUCUGGAAUCAAGAAUAUCAACACCAUUCAGGAACUCAUUGAUGCAGAUGAGGAAGAGGAGGAUAUCUUAGAUGCCUACACAACACCGUCAAAAGGCUCUCAGAAACGGAACGUAACAACACCAGAGACUCCACGGUCUAAAAGGACUUUAUCCACCCGUAGCCCCUACUUGCUUUUCUCUCCAAACAGUUUCUCACCAAGUGCUACUCCCUCCCAGAAGUAUGGCUCUCGGAGCAACCGAGGUGAGGUGGUAACUUCGUUCGGCUCUGUGCAGGGCACCUCCUGGAGUGGAAAAGGAGGCCACAGAUCAAGUGUGAAGCUUUUUGGUCCACCAGAACAGUUGCUCACCAAGAGUUACAAAUUCAUGUUCCAAAAGUUUCGUGACAUCCGGGAAGUGUUGUCCUGGAAGACAGAAGAACUUGGGGAUGCACUAAAGAAAUACUACAAGAUUGAGGAGUUCACUUCUGUGUUAGUCCCUGCACAGGAGCCAGUCACUGUACUGGGACAGAUUGGCUGUGACAGCAAUGGAAAACUGAAUGCCAAGUCAGUCAUUCUAGAAGGGGAUCGGGAACACUCCUCAGGAGGGCAAGUUCCUGUGGAUUUAUCAGAACUUAAAGAAUACUCCCUCUUUCCGGGACAGGUUGUGAUAAUGGAGAGUAUUAACAGUACAGGUGGAAAACUGGUUCCAUCUAAGCUGUAUGAGGGGGUGCCCCUUCCUUUCUACCAAUCUACAGAGCAAGUUGAAGAUUUGGAGCAGCAGAUGGUCUUGGUUGCUUGUGGGCCCUACACAACUUCUGACAGCAUCACUUAUGAUCCUAUGUUGGAUCUGAUUGAUGUUAUCAACAAAGACAAGCCAGACGUCUGUAUCCUGUUGGGUCCUUUUCUCGAUGCUAAACAUGAGCAAGUUGAGAACUGUCAGCUCACUGGCUCGUUUGAGGAUAUCUUUAAACAUUGUCUGAAGAUGAUAAUUGAAGGGACAAGAAGUGCAGGUUCCCAGCUCGUGUUUGUACCGUCACUGAGAGAUGUGCACCAUGACUACAUAUAUCCACAGCCGCCUUUCACCUGCUAUGAUCUGUCUAAAGAUGACAAACAGCGAGUAUACUUUGUGUCCGACCCCUGUACUCUGGCAAUAAAUGGAGUCAUUUUUGGCCUGACUUCUACAGAUCUGCUCUUCCAUAUGGGUGCUGAAGAGAUUAGCAGCUCUUCUGGUGUCUCAGACCGGUUCACUCGAAUCCUUAAGCAUGUCCUAACACAGAGAAGUUAUUACCCACUCUACCCUCCCUCGGAAGAGAUGAACAUUGAUUAUGAGAACUUCUAUAAUUAUGUACCUUGGCCAGUCACCCCGGAUAUCCUCAUUACUCCAUCUGAGCUGAGAUAUUUUGUUAAGGUAAGCUGGGAGCAUAAAAACAUUUUGUCUGGGAUUUUCAGUGAGGCCUAGGGAGUUAUACACAUA